AACAUUUCCAAGAUAGAGAUUUGGACACAAUUGUGGCGCACGUGUGAUACGGCAGAAAUGGCAGAAGAAAAGAUCAGCAAAAAGAGCAAGGACACAAGAUCGCUAUGACUUGAACUAUUUUAGACAUCUCCCUUUGGGUGUUAAUCUACAGAGUACUAGUGGGAGGGACAAGAUGUUUGUUUACGUUAUGAAGAGAAUCCCCCCUUUGGUGCCUCGCCUAUUCAAAAUUCUCACCAUCGAGACGAUGGGUUACAGAUCUGCCAAUCCUUUUCCUACAAUAAAUCAGUUCCAUACAUCAGCAUCCCACAAUUUCAUGUGCUCCAGUGAGCUUAAGCGGCGCUUGAAGGCAGAGAAAAAGGAACAGGAAAAGAAAGAAAAGGAAAAGGAAAAGAAGGCAGGAGAGACCCAGAAAGAUGCAAAGCCGAAAUCACAGGAUGAUGAUGAGAUUGAUGCAAAUGAAUACUUUGCUCUGCGCUCCAACUCUGUGCGCCAAUGGAAGGAAAACAAUGAGAACCCUUACCCUCACAAAUUUCAUGUCAGUAUAUCACUGACAGAAUUUAUAGAGAAGUACAAUGAUAUCAACUCUGGCGAGAUACUGGAGAACACUGUCAGUGUGUCUGGCCGCCUCCAUUCCAAGAGAAUGCAGGGUCCAAAGUUGAUCUUUUAUGAUCUCAGAGGAGAGGGAUUCAAAAUACAGAUAAUGGCCAAUGCCAAGCAUUAUGAAUCUGAGGAGGCAUACUUGGAUAUUAACGACAAAUUACGGCGUGGAGAUAUUGUAGGAGUUGAGGGAAAGCCAGGUAAGACAAAGAAAGGUGAGCUGAGUAUAGUGCCAACCAAAAUGAUUCUCCUGACGCCGUGUCUUCAUCAGCUACCACAUCUCUUUUAUGGAGUGAAGAACAAGGAGACCCGCUUCAGACAGCGAUACCUUGAUCUCAUCAUCAAUGAAACCACAAGGCAGAAAUUCAUUACCAGAGCAAAAAUUAUAAAUUAUAUGCGAAAGUUUCUAGACGAGAUGGGAUUUCUCGAGGUGGAGACCCCAUUGAUGAACAUGAUACCCGGUGGUGCUACAGCUAAACCUUUUGUCACUCAUCACAAUGACCUCAACAUGGACCUCUUCAUGAGAGUAGCACCUGAGCUUUAUCUCAAGAUGUUAGUUGUUGGUGGUAUAGAUCGGGUGUAUGAAAUUGGCCGACAGUUCAGAAACGAGGGAAUCGACCUUACACAUAACCCUGAGUUUACAACCUGUGAGUUUUAUAUGGCCUACGCUGAUUAUGAGGACCUCAUGAAGAUCACAGAACAACUUUUAUCAGGUAUGGUGAAGUAUGUGACAGGAGGGUACAAAGUAAAGUACCACCCUGAGGGGCCAGAGGGACCAGAAUGGGAGGUAGACUACUCCCCACCCUUUAAGAGAGUCAGUAUGAUCUCGGAGCUUGAGAAAAUCCUGGAUGUUAAGUUCCCUCCGGCCACAGAGUUUGGCUCAGAUGGAACAAAGAAGUUUUUAGAUGAUCUCUGUGUCAAACAUGGAGUUGAUUGUUCUCCACCAAGAACAGCAGCUCGGUUACUUGACAAACUGGUGGGAGAGUAUAUCGAGGAGAAGUGUAUCAACCCUACAUACAUCAUAGAUCAUCCACAGGUCAUGAGUCCUCUAGCCAAGUGGCAUAGGACAAUCCCUGGGCUAACUGAGAGGUUUGAACUGUUUACAUGUAAGAAAGAAAUCUGCAACGCCUACACAGAAUUGAACGACCCUGUGGUACAGAGGGAGAGAUUUGCACAGCAAGCACAGGAUAAGGCUGCUGGUGAUGAUGAGGCCAUGUACGUAGAUGAUAACUUCUGUACAUCCCUGGAGUAUGGACUACCUCCCACAGCAGGCUGGGGUAUGGGUAUAGACAGGCUCUGUAUGUUCCUGUCAGAUUCCAAUAACAUCAAGGAGGUGCUGCUCUUCCCUGCUAUGAAACCUGACGACCAGAAGAAGGGAACAACAGAAGGAGAGGAAUCUCCAGCUGAUAAAGCACCUGCAUCGUGAAAUAGAGUUAUCUUUCUUAGGAUUAAACCCCAAUUAUGAUCCCAGAUAAUUACCAAAGGAGGAAAAAAUAGUUGUUUCAUUCUAAAUACAGAUUUAUCUACAAGUGCAAAGAUGAUUAAUUAGUGAGAAGAGGCACAAAUUUAAAGUCUUUUUAAUAAUUAUUUAUAAAGACACCAACCAUAUAAUGGUCGCUGUUCCUUUCACAAAUUUAGUACUCAAGGAAUAAAUCAAUAAAUCGAUCAUCAAAGCUUAAGUAAUCUAAUGAAAUAUAUACUGGCCCCAUUCUGGUGGGAAUGAAAUCUUUCUCUACUGUUUGAAAAGUAAAUCUCCACCUAAUAGAUAAUACUCUCAACUGUCAAAUCCUUUACAAGCAUACGAUGUGAACAUACAAGAAUAUUACCCAAAUGGUUGAUAUUUUAUUAUCAAUGUUGUAAAAUUAGGAAAUUUAUUUUUCUUUCGUCUUUUCACUCCUCUAGACUCUUUAAUAUUCAGGUGGGUGGUAUAGGUCAGUUGUCUCAUCAAUCAAUUUAGAGCCCCCUAAGAAGAUGAUAACAUGAUUACUGCUAGUCCUCUCUGUUAUAAUACAUGUACAUUAAGUAGAGAUAAAUUGACUUUUGACUCAUAGUUAUUUAACUUAAUGAGAAGUUCUGUAAAGAGAACAUUGGUGCACUGAAAAUCUGUCUUUACUUGUGUGCAUAUCAGAAAAGAAUUUAUGGUUCUUGAUGCAAUAUGUUUGAUGAAAUGAUUUUCAAUUUUCUACAUGUUCAACAAUCGGAUUCGAUAUCUUACACUAGAUUUGUUUCAUUAUGCUGUAAGAGCAUUUAGUGAGACAUUGUAUGUAAUAUGAUAUAAUGGUAUGGGUGCACAGUGCUGUCAUGUUUCAGGACAUUUUAUAACAACGGUCAGCUCAGAUAUUUGUUAUCAAGUAAUGCUGACACAUUUUGUGUGUAAGUUAUUGUCAUGAACAUUUCACUGAUUUGUUUGUUUAUUCCUGAUGACAUAUUAAAAGUGCUUUAUUUAACAGUG